AUGGAAUAUGAUCUUCACGCUGAUAACGAUGUGUCACGGCCUCGAAUAAAAUCACUUUCAAAGAUUGUGACCCGGUCGCAAGUACUAAAAACGUGCGUUUCCAUCAUUACCGUGUUCUCUCGAUGUACAGGCCGUAAGAUCCCGACCCUGAGUAUGGAGUACGGAGUACGGAGUAGAUAUCGCUAUAUUGGAAUCAUUACAUUCAUUUGUGCUUGUAACCAUGCCUACCGACUUCGAAUCAAGUCACCCCCUUCAAAACAAGAUGUACCAGUCACUAUCGCGAGCGUCGACAUCGACCCUCGAGCAGAGCGAGCAUUGGUAUGGAAGUUCGAUCUUCGCCUACUUCCUGUGUUGGCCAUCAUGUAUCUGUUCAACAGCCUGGACAAAUCCAAUUUGGGCAAUGCCAAGACAGCUGGACUUGAAGAAACACUCUCCCUAAAGGGGAAUCAAUAUAAUCUUCUUCUAAGCAUCUUUUUUGUCCCUUACGUUUUGACUGCACCUUUUCUCGGUCUUUUGGGAAAGAAAUAUGGUCCAAACAUUGUGCUACCGAGCAUGAUGCUUGCCUUUGGUAUUUGCACGAUUCUUGUUGUCGCAGUCUACAACUUUAGCGGUCUCUUCGCUAUUAGGUGGUUUUUGGGUAUGGCAGAGAGCGCGUUUUUUCCGUUGGUGAUCUAUUACCAAACGACCUUCUAUCGUCGGGGUGAGCUAGCCCGCCGACUCGCUAUCUUCUAUGCAGCUCAAACCAUAGCCUCUGCCUUCUCUGGAUUGCUGGCAUUUGGAAUUUUCCGCAUCCACACAGGACCACUGGCCCCUUGGAGGUAUCUCUUUUUGAUCGAAGGAGCAGGAACUGUUCUCUUCGCUCUCUUUGCACUUUGGUAUCUACCUCGAUCGGCCUCAGAGGCAAGCUUUCUGACACCCGAAGAGAAAGAACUCGCGUACCUUCGUUUGCAAAUUGAUAGUUCUUCUGUGGUCAAUGAAAAGCUUGAUAUCCGCGAUGCGUUCAAAGUGUUUAAACACGGAACUAGCUGGGUUAUCUUGGGGAUUCAGGUUUGUCUGGGUGUUCCCCUGCAAGCUGUUCAGCUAUUCCUUCCAGUGAUCAUCCAGCGCCUUGGAUAUAGUACUGUGAAAACCAACCUAUUCACUGUGGCUCCCAACAUAUCAGGCGCUGUAGUUCUCCUCAUCCUAGCAUUCAGUAGUGACUGGACGAGAUGGAGAUUCCCAUUCAUUGCACUUGGCUUUUUGUUCACCUUUGUUGGGUUCGUGAUCUAUGCGACUAUUGAUGUUGAGCACGAUAUAAAUGUAGCAUAUUUUGCUUCAUUUCUGAUGACUUGGGGAACCUCUGCGCCUUCCGUUCUUCUCGACACUUGGUAUAACAACAACACUGCCAAUGAAGGACGUCGUGUGGUAUUGACGAGUAUUGCAGUCCCAUUGGCGAACUUGAUGGGGGUUGUCAGCUCGAACAUCUUUCGAAAGCAGGAUGCACCCAAAUAUCUUCCUGCUCUAAUCACCACGGCCUCAUUUGGUGGAGUUGGGAUUGUCUUAACACUCUGUCUUGGGCUUUGGAUGAUGGCGGAUAAUAAGAAAAGGGACCGAUUGCAAGGUGUUCACAUUAAGGCAAGGGAUAUCCCCACAGAAUAUCUUAAGGAUGGGCCUGCUUGCGAUGGCUUCCGCUGGUUUUAUUAA